UUUCUCUCACUUUGGGGUCUCUCUGACGUUCUUGAGAGACAUGAAAGAGCUCGUGUGUCAAGAAGGAACUCGUCCAUUGCCUCUCUCCACUCUUCACCCAGAGCUUGCGAGGUGACGCCUGGCCGCUUGUUCAUGCAAGAAAAUUCGAAAUCUUUCUCCCGUCAUCGACUUUCGCGAAAAACGUAGGAGCUCGCAUUCUUCAGAGCGAACGUACUGGAGGCCUCAGAGGGGAUCUUUCCUCUUUUUUUCCGUGGAAGGGCGGAUCGGAAGAGCAGCAUCUGCGAAAACGCUAUUCUCUUUGUCAGCGAGUCUCCCGUCCGGUCUCUGUCUCUUGCUGCUCUGCCUCAGAGAGGCGGAGCAGCUUUUCCGAGGGCCUGUUGACUUGUGAAAGAUUUGACAUUUUCGCAGGAGCAGUUGCCCUACAAUCUGCCUUUGUCUUGCUCGCCGAAAUACCCCUUUGUCUCUUCACCUCUUCCUUCCGCCCUUUGGCGCUCGACGCGAAGCUGUUUCCUCCUCUGACAGAAGUUCUUCGUCUCUCGUUUUCUUCUGGCGGUUUAUGCUUCUCUCAUUCUCUCCUUCUUCCCUCGCUUUCGUCGCUCUCCUGCUUCUCUCUCGUUCUUUCUCCCCUUCUUUUCUCGUUUUCCUCUCCGCUUCCGUCUCCCUCUCUUCAACUUGUUUGUGCGGGUGGACGCCAUGGCGGACGCAGUGGACGACUUGUUCGCCGUCUUCGGCGGCGGAGACUCUUCUUCGUCUCUCGGUUCUUCUGUGGAGUCUCCGAAUAUUGCAGUUGGCCCGGGGGGCGAGUCUGCCUCUGCAUGUCGGGAGACCGACUCCGAGAUUGAAAACGCAUGCUGUCAGGUGGAGAGGAAGCGAGUUCGCGCUGCGCCGCAAGAAGCGAAUGGAGCGCAGACAACGUCUGCUCCCGCGAACGUCGCCUCUCCAGACGAAGGCGCCUCCGCCGUCGCACCCGAGCGCAAGCGCAGACGGAGAGAAGCGAGAAGAGACAACACCGAGGACGCGGAGGACGCGGAGGAGGGCAGAGACGAAGAAGGAAAGAAGACGGCCUUGGUGGUGAAGUUGCUCGCUUCCGACAAGAACUGUCUCCACGAGCUGGUUCGGCCUGCAGACUGCGAGACCGCGUUCCACUACUUCCCCUUCGAAACGACGUUGCCGGAGUAUCGACAGCAAGCAGACGCUCCAACACUCGACAAGGAAGACGGGAGACGCGGCGAGGCCUCGACGGAGGCUACCGACGCAGGCGACGCUCAGGCCGCGGACGGGGAGGAGGAGCAACAAGCGCGGCGCGAAGGAUCCGCAGGAGAGGCCAGCGCCGCGGCGACGGAACGCGAGAAGAAAGAAGGCAGAAAAGAGCCUGCGCGACAAUACAAAUUCCGGCUAGACGCCUUCCAGCAAAGGAGCGUUCUCUGCCUGGAAGCGGGAGAAAGCGUCUUGGUCGCGGCUCACACCUCCGCUGGCAAAACUGUCGUGGCUGAGUAUGCGAUUGCGAUGAGCAUUCGCGACAAGCAACGCGUCGUCUACACAAGCCCCAUCAAAGCGUUGUCCAACCAGAAGUACCGGGACUUGUCCGAGAGCUUCGGCGCCGAAAACGUCGGCCUGAUGACGGGUGACGUGACGCUGCAUCCGAACGCCUCGAUCAUGGUGAUGACGACGGAGAUUCUGCGCUCAAUGCUGUACCGCGGCUCGCACCUGGUCAACGAACUGAAAUGGCUGAUCUUCGACGAGAUCCACUACAUGCGGGACCGGGAGAGAGGCGUCGUCUGGGAGGAGAGCAUUGUCCUCGUUCCCUCGACCAUGCGCUUCGUCUUCCUCUCUGCAACGAUUCCGAACGCGAGAGAGUUCGCAGAAUGGGUCGCCACCAUCAAACACCAGCCUUGCCAUGUCCUCUACACCGACUACCGGCCGACGCCUCUGCAGCAUUACAUGUUCCCCGCGGGUGGCGAGGGGGUCUACCUCGUCAUGGACGAGAAGAAAGUCUUCCGCGAAGACAACUUCCACACAGCUGUCGCGACGCUGCACAAAACGGUCGAGGAACAAGCUAUGGAGACCAAACAGCGACGCGGGCGAGGCCGCAACCGCUCGAGCAUCGAGAAGUUGAUUCUGAUGUGUCACACGCGCCAGUACACUCCCGUGAUUAUUUUCUGCUUCUCCAAGAGAGAGUGUGAAGCAAACGCGACGGCGCUGCUGGGCAGCGGAAGUCGAAACGCUGGAGGCAACGUUGACCUUACGACUGAGGAAGAAAAACAGUUGAUCGAAGAAAUCUUCAACAACGCUCUUGAGACGCUCGAAGAGGAAGACCGCCACCUCCCGCAAGUAAAGUCGAUUUUACCUCUGCUGAAACGCGGCAUCGGAAUUCACCACGGCGGACUCCUGCCGUUCGUCAAAGAAAUGAUAGAAAUUCUCUUCCAGGAGUCUCUGCUUCGCGUACUCUUCAGCACAGAAACGUUCAGCAUGGGAGUGAACAUGCCUGCGAAAACAGUUAUUUUCACUGCCAUUCGAAAAUACGACGGUCAAGAAUAUCGGAUUGUCAACUCUGGAGAGUACAUUCAAAUGGCGGGUCGCGCAGGUCGUCGCGGCCUUGACGACCGAGGAAUCGUGAUCAUCAUGUUCGACGAGCAAGUGGAUCCUGAGGAGGCGAAGCAGCUUUUCAUGGGCCAGGGCGCCCCACUCAUCUCCACCUUCCACCUCGGCUUCAACAUGCUUUUAAAUCUCUUCCGCAUCGAGGACGCGAAUCCGGCCUUCAUGAUUUCUCGGUCGUUUGCGCAUUUUCAGAGAAACAGGAAGGCUCUGCAUUUGGAGAAGGAGAAGGAAGAACUUGAGGAGGAGGUGAAGAAAGUAAAGGACAUCCACGCGCUUGCGGACGUAGACGAAGCCGACAGACCUUCCUUCGAUGUCGAGGCGGCUGUACGGGAGUACUACGAGUUGAAGCACGACCUCUCGGGAUUGGGGAAGGAGCUCCGAGAUCUGGCCAUGCAAGAAAAAUAUAUUUUGCGCUACCUGCAAGCGGGCCGCAUCGUUCGCCUUGUAGACGAGAGCGGCACCGACUGGGGAUGGGCAACGUGUCUGAGCAAAAUUUCGAAGCGCUGUGUGCCUUCGACGAACGCAGUGAGGGAUGGACCCACGGAGCAGCUCGUGGUAGACUGUCUGGUUGCUUGCACACCAGAGAGCAUCCGAGAGACCCAUGGACAAGGCGCGACGGGCGCCGUCGCGGCCUCUGAGAAGCCGCAGCCUGCAAAAAGCGUCAACGGAGGCGUCGAGAAGAAAGACUACGUCCUCGCGGUUGUUUCUUUCACGAUUUCAUGCAUUCGCAGCAUUAGCAAGUGCCGGAUGACCCUCCCUGUGGGUGUCGACGUUCGCUCCGAAGACGCGCGUCGUUCUCUUCAUUUCCAGCUCAAGAAGGUCGAGAAGAGAUUCGAGCCGGAAGGAGGCAUUCCACUUCUGGAUCCGAUCCAAGAAAUGAAAAUUCCGGAGCCGCGUCUCCCAGAAUUAGUGGCUGCGAUUGCGGAGAAGGAGAAGCGGUUAACGCAGAAUCCUCUCUACGAACACCCACUAUGUGGGACAUACUACGACGCUCACCACCGGCGCGUCCAGUUGCAGACGAAACUUCGAAUUCUUCGAGAGUCUCUGGACAGCCAAAAACAACUUGUUAUGAAGGACACCUUGAGAGCGAUGCGACGCGUGCUGCGGCAACUGGACUUCCUCGACGCCAACGACGUGGUGACUGUGAAGGGUCGAGUUGCAUGCGAAAUCACCACUGCCGACGAGUUGGUGGCUGCCGAAUUGCUUUUCCAAAACGUCUUCGAAACGAUGGAAGUCGAGGCGAUCUGCGCACUUCUAAGUUGCCUCGUUUUCCAAGAAAAACACGACGAACCAGAACCCAAAGAAGAGGUCCUUCUCACUUGUUUGGAGAAGGUGAAGGAAGUGGCAAAGAACAUUGCGGCGGUGUGCGUGGAAAGUCGAUACAUUGACCCCGUAGGGUCUUCGGCGACGAAGCCGUCGGAGAAUUCCGCCUCUCCGUGCACGCAGACAGUGGACGAUUACGUGAAUAAAUUCCAGCAUGCAAUUAUGUCGCUUACGUACCGGUGGGCAAAAGGCGAGAAAUUCGCCGAUGUCCUCAGCGGCACCUCGAUCUACGAAGGAACCGUCAUUCGCUGUCUUCGUAGACUGGAAGAACUCAUGCGGCAAAUGGCCUGUGCCUCCAAGUCGAUUGGAAACCCCGACCUUGAAAAAAAGUUUUUGGAGGGAAUCAAGAAGAUCCGUCGCGGGAUUGUCUUUUCAUCCUCCCUCUAUUUGUAGACAGGAAAGCAGUCUUCACGGGGAGCAUUUUUGCCGACGUUUCAAAGGGGUACGAGGGGACACCGAUUGGGGAGGGCUGUCUUGCUUGUUUUGUUUCCGAGUCUUGCAAAGAAUCCGUAACUCUGAUUUCGAACGGCGGAGACGAAAUCCAGGAAAUCCGAAAAGACCGUGCACGCUUGGCAAACAGUACGAAAGGUCGUUGUUGUCGAUUAUUGCCGAUGUAUGUCCGGCGGGAAAUACUAAAGAGAAAUACCAGAGACGGGGAAGUGAUCCUCGUUUCCUUUUGCGAAUUGGCUCCAGAGAAAAAGGGGAUCUUCAUUGGAGACAGACACUCCAAAGUUGUCACUGAAGCGACCUCGGUGGUCGUUUGCCAUUUCACACAUCCGAUAGGCUGAGCGUCGGUAACAACUGCGAGAAACCGAAUCCACAAAGACAUGUUUCUGG